CUUGCUUUUGUCCUGCUGUCACAUCAGCUGCACUCUGUUGUGCUCUCAUCAACUGAAAUCAUUUUUACAGGAACAUGAAAAGGUUGAAGUGGUGGCUCCUCUGUUGGCUGGUCCUGUCUUUGGUGUCUCAUAAAAGCACCCACAAAAGUCCUGGUGGAAAUGAAGGUUCAGAUCAGGGUGAAGAUCGAGGUCUAGGUCAGGGUCAGAAUCAAGGUCCAGAUCAGGGUGAGAAUCAAGGCCCAGGUCAGGGUCCAGGUCAGGAUCAGAAUCAAGGUCCAGGUCAGGGUGAGAAUCAAGGCCCAGGUCAGGGUCAGAAUAGAGGUCCAGGUCAGGGUCCAGGUCUGGGUCAGAAUCAAGGCCCAGGUCAGGGUGAGAAUCAAGGUCAGGGUCCAGGUGAGAAUCAAGGUUCAGGUCCAGGUCAGAAUCAAGGUCCAAAUCAGUGUCAGAAUCAAGGUCAAGGUCAGGGUCAGAAUCAAGGUCAAGGUCAAGGUCCAGGUCCUGGUCCGAAUUGUUGCAAAUUAUUUAGAAAUAAAACAGUGGUUUCAGAUGCCAGAUGCUGUAUGGCCGAUGUUGACAGCAUUUUGACAAAUGGGAACAGAAUCGACAGUGUCAAAGCCAUAGAGAGCCUAGAACAAAUUCUCGAGGAAACAGAGAUCAUUGAGACUACGUCCAUAGUGGUCAGCCGGUUCGUGGCCGUCCUGCACAGACCCAAAGGCCCCUUCACAGGCCUUGAAUUUUAUGUUGGUGAGCAUGAGGCAAUGUCAGACAAGGCUGUCACCAACAGCAAAGUGAUCGCUCGGCUGCCGAGAGAGUUGGAUCUUGAACCAGACAACACUGUUGUGUUCUGCAUGCUUACGUGGCCAGAAUCAAACAGGACCACAUGGGGAGCCUCAGAUGUAUUAUAUGAGAGCAGACUGGUUGGCCUGAGUGUGCGAGGCAAGAAUGUUUCAGGACUCCAGGAGCGAGUCAACAUCACAAUGAAUUUCACUAUAAGUGUAAAUGAAACCCAAAAACCCAGAUGUGUGUUCUUUAAUUUUUCAACACAGGCAUAUAGCCAUAAUGGCUGCCUAACCGUGUGGGAACCUGGUCAAAAUAACGUCACCUGCUCCUGUGACCACCUCACAUACUUCGGUGUGCUCAUGGUGUCUGCUUCCCUACCACCUUUAGACCUAGAGAUUCUGACAUACAUCACUCUGAUUGGCUGUAGUCUUUCUCUUUUUGCCCUGGUCAUCACUGUUCUCCUCUUCAUCACAAAAAGAAAAGUCAGGGCAGACGUCUCCAUGAAGGUCCACAUCAACCUCGCCAUUGCCCUGAUCCUCCUCAACCUGCACUUCCUCCCCAGUCACACGGUGGCAGCAAUGUCCUCCACCGGGCUUUGUCUUUACAUGGCCAUUUCGCUCCACUAUUCCCUGCUGGCCACUUUCAGCUGGAUGGCCCUGGAGGGAUUCCACCUCUAUCUUCUCCUAGUCAGAGUCUUCAACAUCUAUAUCCGGAGAUACUUGCUGAAACUCAGCGUGGUGGGAUGGGGUAUCCCUGCAGUCAUUGUAUCCCUGGUGGUCAUCAUAGACAGGGACACAUACGGUCCUGUCCCUUUGGACUCGUCUAACUCCAACAGCACUACGAUAUGCUACAUAGGAAACAACACAGUGAAGAUGGUGACUACAGUGGGAGUGUUUGGCCUGGUGUUUGUCUUUAACGUGGCCAUGCUAGGGGUGACAGUCAGACGCAUUGUGAAUCUCCACCAGAGCAAAGAGUCCGGGCAGAGGGACCGUGACAGAGCCAAGCGAGACACAUGCACCCUGCUGGGGAUCACCACUCUGCUUGGCAUAACGUGGGGCCUGGUUUUCUUCUCAUUUGGCUACCUGACCACUCCUGGCCUCUACGCCUUCUGCAUCCUGAGCUCACUGCAAGGUUUCUUCAUCUUCCUGUGGUUUGUGAUGUCUUUGAGAAAGAUAGGAAACUCAGCUACCAAGAUGAGUAGCGAAACACGUACCGUCACCAGCUAACUUUAAACACAACUUCUCUUUUCUCGCAUGCUGCCAGGAUUUAUGCAGAAAUACUGUUAAGUUUGCCAUGAUUAUCUCUGCUUUAGAUCAUUAUGUUAUCGUGUGCAACAAUGUCGCUGAGAGGCAAACAUGGUAGCUAGAGCUAACUCAUGCAAACCCAUGUAGAUGAUUUGAAUAUUAAAAUACAAAAUGCUGUAAGAACUCACGGUUUUAGUGCUAUUUUUAAAGCUUUUUUGUUUAUCUCAUGGUGUCUUAUAAAAAAACUGUGGUGAAGGGUUUAUCUAUCCUCUAUAUCUACAGGAGGGUCUAUAUCCAAUUAUUUCUUAAAAUAAUGACCUAAUUUAAGCAGCUGGAAACUUCCCUCUGUCCUCUGUAGUUUUGCAAACUGUGAGGUUAGUGUACAUGAUAUUGCACCUCUGUUGCCACACGUGGUUUACUGUAGUAGUGGACUUUAGACUAUGACGUCGGUUUCUCGCAUAUAACGAGAAACAGACUCAUUUUGUUGCCAUGAUAUAAAAAAAAUAUUUGCAUAAAACCUCCUACCUCCAACAGAGCAACCAUAAGUGCUAUUUUUUUUUUUUUACUUUAAGCUCUCAUUAAUAAGUUAACCAAAACCAGCACAGCUCACUACUGUGGCUCAUCCUAUUCUCUUCAGAGGUAAGAAGAGAACUUUUCUGUGUUCACUGAGUAUUAAUGUAUUAAUUAAUGUUUAUUGGGAUGUCAUUUGUACUUAAUACUAUGAUCACGUUGGUACAUUUCACUGGGUAUAUUUUAUUCUGUUUGUAUAUUUUGUUCUGUUGGCACAUUCCACUGGUAUAUUUUAUUAGAUUUAUUGCCUUUGUAGUUAUCUUGAUUUUAUUCUUUCUAAUCUUUCUUAUCUUUCUUAUUAUCUUGUUUCUAACAUGGGGGUUGCAAUGCAAAUUUCAUUGACAUGUCAUGCUAAAUGACAAUAAAGAUUCUUGAAUCUUGAAUCUUGAAUCUUGAAUCGUGAAUUUUGGAAUAAGAUGACAAAGAGUAAGUUUUAUGAAUUUGAUUUCUUCCUCUAUUUGGCCAACAAUAUGCGCAAAAGCCAUAGCAAGUAUGCUUUAUUUGUACUUUUUGAUUUCUGAAUGUGUUGGACUUUAGCUUGCAUUUCCACGAGGAGAAUUGACUGCUGUGUCCAAUAAGAGACAGAUGAGUUCAAAUUAACAUCUAAGGUGACGGUUCAUUUGAAGGGACUCGAUCCCUGGCUCCUCCAGGCUGCAUGUUGAAGAUACUGAACCACAAAUUGUGUGUGUGCAUGGGUUAAUGUUGCAUGUGUUGUAAAGUGCUUUGAGUGCUUGGUAGAGUAGAAAAGCUCUUUAUAAAUGCAGUCCACUUGCCACGCGAUGUCGAUUAAUUUUGACAUUUUGAUUUCAGCAAUUGCGUAGUGUGGCCAUGGUCCCCUCGGCCACCCCUUAGCUGUACCAUUACAGCUGAGAAAUACACCAGAAUGUAGUUUUAUUUCUAAUUUUUAUUUAUUCCAUCAGUCACAUGUUCAGAGGAAGUACAAUGGUUCCCUUCCUGCUGUUGCUGCUGCUCCUAGAAUCGCUGGCUGAGGAAGUUUGUUUCAACAUUUCAAGUGGUGACACUAAAACUAACGUGUCGGAUGCUUACAUUGUUGAUGACCGAUCUAGUAAUGUGAAAUGUGAGAUGGAUGGAUCUGAAUGCUCCUUUAAAUGCCCCUACAACAUGACGAC